UUGGCAGCCAUGUGAGCCCAAACAGCUGAUCCUCCGUGUCUGAGCAAUGGCAUCGGGGAGAAGAGGAGGCUCAGCGAACAUGUGAGAAAAUAAGCCUGUACCAUGGAGGAGGUGAAGGACCAAAACGUUGGAGAUGUUCUGGCACUGUUGGAGAGCCCUCAGGAGGAUGUGGUGCAAGAAGUGAGGCUGCUACUGAAGGAGACUCUUACGACUGUGCGGGAAGGAUGGCUUAUGACAGGCCUGCUUGACUAUUUCUUUACAUCCAAUAGGCUUUAUGCCUUAUACCCAUGUCACUUCCUCACAUAUCUGCGUAACAAUUUUUCAAAACCAAAUUCCUCAAAUUGCUUUUUUACAACCCUAAAGCCAAUGAUGGAGAAGGUUCGACUUCAUCCUCUUCUCAUAACAGAAACAAAAGAUUCUGAACUAACAAGGAAUAGGUGGAUUGGGUUAGAAACUCACCAACUGAUCCUUGAGUGUGCUAAGCUUUGCCUUGAUCCCAUUGAAGCUACAUGUGAGGAAUCAUGUGGGUCAUUUUUUACAAUGAAUGGUGGAAGUGACAUACCACUUGACCCUCAGCCGGUCCCAACAAACUGGAUGUUAAGUGCUGUGGAAAACAAUUUUUGGUCUCCUAGUUUGGCCCAAUCCUCACCAGCCCCUCUUCAGACCCCACGUGGCUCAGUUCCCCAGACCCCUGUGUAUCCAAUCCUUACCCCAAACCAGCGUGGCAAAGUAGCUGAAUCACCUCCAGAAGCAGCCAUUGAGGCAACACCAGAGACAACUCCAUUUACAUCACCCAUUAAAAUGGAGCCAAACACCCUAGUGACACGCAGACCACUGUCAGGGAGGAGGGCUUUGACGCUGAAUACAGGUGGAGCACCUGAACCUGUUGGUCAACCAGCUGAUUCUGAAGCUAACUCCAGCCCUAUGUCCCCUUUGAAGAAAGAUCAAGCUCCUUUCAGGUUCCCAGAAAACCAAGGUCAAGAUUUUUUCUUGCGAGCAGAAAGGUCAACUCUCCUGCAAACCAAACUGCAGCAAAUUCAGAGGGAAAGACAAAUCAACCAAAUAGAGAAUCUCUUUAGUCAAUACACUGAAAAUAAGAGUGAAACUGACAGCAAGAAUGAAGGGGAUGUGGUAGAUGGAAGAGAUACAAAGGAAGGUAAUUCUUUGGUGCCAAGGAAAGCUGUAGGGGAUAGGCAGAGUAUAGAAAAUGAUGUAGAAUCAAAACCGAGUGAUUUUAGAGUAUCUCAAGUGGAUCUUAGAUACAGAAAACGUAAAGCAUCGGUGUAUGAUGGGAUCCAUCAUGUUGAUUUGACACAGCUGCAACAAGCAACGGGGCAUUUGGCGAAUGGGAACAAUGACUUGGAUUUUUCUAGUGAAGCAGCUCAGUACAGUGAAACAGAAGAUGGAGAGAAAAAUUAUAGGUUGCCUCCCAUAAUAGAUCGUAGAAUAUCUGAAGAAAAGGAAUCUGAGGGUAGUGAGAGCAGAAAAUCGUCUGAUGAACCCCAGAAUUGUGAUAAAAACUGUGAUGAACCAGAGAGUAUAGGGUUAGGAGUUCCGAGCCAAAGAUCAAUGACAGAUUUAGUGAAAAAUAUAAAAACUAUGCGGCUAAGGUUUCUAAGUCAAUGUGGGCCUCCACCUGAUCUAUCCCAGUACAAUAUGGUGAGUUCAAUGCGUGUGGCAUUAUCACCCACAAAAUCUGUAACUACACCUGUGAAAACAUUACAGAGGAGCUCAUCCUGUCCAAAUUUAACUACUGAAGGCCCACCAUUAUUGGGAAAUGUUACUGAUGGAAGAGUGCGGAAGGAAUCAGCCAUGUCUUCUCUCACCUUGUCACCAACAAGACAGCCAGUCAUGAUGUGUGAAGCAAGCACACAGACUGAGGAAUCCAAUGUAAUUAAUCCAUAUGAGCAGCUUCUUGAUGUCCUUGUAAGUGGGCCAGGAGUACCACAAUCAAAAACAUCAAGAGGAAAUUCUGGAGACACAGACCAAGAUUCACCUUCACCACAUCAGCUAUUAGACCAAUAUUUACAACAUAGUAGUAAGGCAAUUAACAAAGCCAAAAAUCUACUGUGGCAGCAAAAUAGUGGGACAGAUGAAGGACUGAAGAAUCAGGUCCGGCUGAUGCAAACCAUGUUAUUAUUGGAACGAUAUAAAAGAGAAGUACAUGCUGAAAGAAAUAGAAGACUGUUGGGAAAAGCCAAGAAGGUCUAUGCUCUUGAAGAAGAGAAGCGUAGCUUAAAGGAAGAAGUGAGACAUCUUGAGAGUGAAGUUGCUAGAUUGAAGCAUGAUCUAAGCAAUGCACAGGUUAAUGCUUUAAACAAGGAACAGCAACUACAGUUAGCCUUAAAUCAGCAACAGGCAAAAGUUAACCAAGUUUUUGUUGAAUGUGAGCAAGCCCAGAAGGAACGAGAACUCUUACUGCAACAGUGCAAUUCCCUCAGAAAAGAAAAGGAAACUUUAUCAACACAGUUACAUGGAGCUCAAGCAGCAUUGAUUGAAAGAGAUAGACAGCUAACAGUUCAGGCUGCAUUGGCAGAAGAUAACAGAGCACUUAGUCAUCAAGUUGAGACCCUUCACAAACAGAUAACUCUUAUGGGUGAACUGCAGGAACAAUAUAAGCAACAGGUGUGGCAACUCUCACUUUCAGGUGGGUUGGGUGCAAGUAAAGGUUUGACUUUAGAACGCAUGGCAGCUCAUCAGCAGGUGGAAAAGUUGGAAGUCUCUCAACGUAUUGCUGCGGCCAGUUUAGAAGCUGCACUUGCACGUGUAGCAGAGCUAGAGAAUUCUCUAAAAGAUAAGGAAAGAGAAGUUGAAGAGCAACAGCGUACAGUAAAAGCAGCAAAAGAGGCUGGUGUGGAGCAGUGUAGGGUUGCUGAAAGACGAUGCCAAGCACUUGCUGCCACCAACCAAACCUUGGAAAGUUAUAUCUUGGAACACAAUGAUCGUAUUGAUAGACUAAGUCGGCAGGUGCGAAGAUCUCAAAGAGGAAAAUCAGUUUGUAGUGAUGGUUUUGACAUUGAUCUAGAAUUAUCAGCUUCACCAUCAUCUGCCAGUUGUAGUAGCACUGCCACAUCACCCCCUGAUGACAUGACAGGUGCCCUCCUUGGAAGGCAGCCUGUUGUGCUCAACCGUCUAGAUGCUUUAUUGGAAUUAGACAUGGAACCAGAAGGAAAUCAAAGAAGAAAGACCUAUAUAAAAGAGGCAGGACCUGAAAAGAAUAAUUUUCUAUGUUUGGAAUAUGCAUUUGCAAGCUAUGAAAUCAUUAGAGAAGGAGGUUUAUACAUCAAUCCUUUUCAGGAGCAAAAUUUUCUGAAACAGAGUAGCAAAGACACAGAAGACAGGGAGAGUAGAUAUCUUUGUUUAGUGAUACAGCAAAAAAAAUGUGAAUAUGGCAUUAAAAGGGCUGUGCAGCCAUUUAGCAGCCUCUACUCAGAGAGAGUGCAAUCCAAGGCCCUGUCUCAAGAAAAUGCCAGUAUAAAACCUAAGCUUUACUUAAUAAUCAAAAGUUUUCAAAUUGCAAAGCGGUUUGAAGAUUCCUUUGAGAACAUAAACAGAUUUGUUGUAGCAUGCCGUUCAGGUGGCCGACUUCUUGACAUCUUGCUGGGAGUGAGUGAGCCCCAUGACCGUCAUCUUUUAGAUCGACUUGCAGAGGGACUCAAAGGACCUGAUCGCUUCAGGUACACUUGUCUCUUGCUGUAUGCUGCUCGACGACAGCCAACAACAACUUGGUUGCGAAAGUUUGUCAACCAUGGGGCUAUGCGAGAACUUCUGAACUGUUUGCAUAAUGAAGAUGAUGUUCCAGUAACAGUCAGUGGCAUCAUGGUCCUGGUUAUGCUACUUCCAGCACUGCCCCUGGAAAUGGGCCACUCACAUCUCACUAAUAUACUGGACAUCUUCUGUCGGUUAUUGCGGUGGAGCCCCAAGCGUGAGCAAGAUGAGGGCUUCCAGCCAUUUUUACAGGUUGCUGUAUAUUCCCUUUUUCAUCGGCUUUAUGCCUUAUACCCAUGUCACUUCCUCACAUAUCUGCGUAACAAUUUUUCAAAACCAAAUUCCUCAAAUUGCUUUUUUACAACCCUAAAGCCAAUGAUGGAGAAGGUUCGACUUCAUCCUCUUCUCAUAACAGAAACAAAAGAUUCUGAACUAACAAGGAAUAGGUGGAUUGGGUUAGAAACUCACCAACUGAUCCUUGAGUGUGCUAAGCUUUGCCUUGAUCCCAUUGAAGCUACAUGUGAGGAAUCAUGUGGGUCAUUUUUUACAAUGAAUGGUGGAAGUGACAUACCACUUGACCCUCAGCCGGUCCCAACAAACUGGAUGUUAAGUGCUGUGGAAAACAAUUUUUGGUCUCCUAGUUUGGCCCAAUCCUCACCAGCCCCUCUUCAGACCCCACGUGGCUCAGUUCCCCAGACCCCUGUGUAUCCAAUCCUUACCCCAAACCAGCGUGGCAAAGUAGCUGAAUCACCUCCAGAAGCAGCCAUUGAGGCAACACCAGAGACAACUCCAUUUACAUCACCCAUUAAAAUGGAGCCAAACACCCUAGUGACACGCAGACCACUGUCAGGGAGGAGGGCUUUGACGCUGAAUACAGGUGGAGCACCUGAACCUGUUGGUCAACCAGCUGAUUCUGAAGCUAACUCCAGCCCUAUGUCCCCUUUGAAGAAAGAUCAAGCUCCUUUCAGGUUCCCAGAAAACCAAGGUCAAGAUUUUUUCUUGCGAGCAGAAAGGUCAACUCUCCUGCAAACCAAACUGCAGCAAAUUCAGAGGGAAAGACAAAUCAACCAAAUAGAGAAUCUCUUUAGUCAAUACACUGAAAAUAAGAGUGAAACUGACAGCAAGAAUGAAGGGGAUGUGGUAGAUGGAAGAGAUACAAAGGAAGGUAAUUCUUUGGUGCCAAGGAAAGCUGUAGGGAUAGGCAGACUGCAACAAGCAACGGGGCAUUUGGCGAAUGGGAACAAUGACUUGGAUUUUUCUAGUGAAGCAGCUCAUGAGAGCAGAAAAUCGUCUGAUGAACCCCAGAAUUGUGAUAAAAACUGUGAUGAACCAGAGAGUAUAGGGUUAGGAGUUCCGAGCCAAAGAUCAAUGACAGAUUUAGUGAAAAAUAUAAAAACUAUGCGGCUAAGGUUUCUAAGUCAAUGUGGGCCUCCACCUGAUCUAUCCCAGUACAAUAUGGUGAGUUCAAUGCGUGUGGCAUUAUCACCCACAAAAUCUGUAACUACACCUGUGAAAACAUUACAGAGGAGCUCAUCCUGUCCAAAUUUAACUACUGAAGGCCCACCAUUAUUGGGAAAUGUUACUGAUGGAAGAGUGCGGAAGGAAUCAGCCAUGUCUUCUCUCACCUUGUCACCAACAAGACAGCCAGUCAUGAUGUGUGAAGCAAGCACACAGACUGAGGAAUCCAAUGUAAUUAAUCCAUAUGAGCAGCUUCUUGAUGUCCUUGUAAGUGGGCCAGGAGUACCACAAUCAAAAACAUCAAGAAAAUUCUGGAGACACAGACCAAGAUUCACCUUCACCACAUCACAAAAUAGUGGGACAGAUGAAGGACUGAAGAAUCAGGUCCGGCUGAUGCAAACCAUGUUAUUAUUGGAACGAUAUAAAAGAGAAGUACAUGCUGAAAGAAAUAGAAGACUGUGAAAAGCCAAGAAGGUCUAUGCUCUUGAAGAAGAGAAGCGUAGCUUAAAGGAAGAAGUGAGACAUCUUGAGAGUGAAGUUGCUAGAUUGAAGCAUGAUCUAAGCAAUGCACAGGUUAAUGCUUUAAACAAGGAACAGCAACUACAGUUAGCCUUAAAUCAGCAACAGGCAAAAGUUAACCAAGUUUUUGUUGAAUGUGAGCAAGCCCAGAAGGAACGAGAACUCUUACUGCAACAGUGCAAUUCCCUCAGAAAAGAAAAGGAAACUUUAUCAACACAGUUACAUGGAGCUCAAGCAGCAUUGAUUGAAAGAGAUAGACAGCUAACAGUUCAGGCUGCAUUGGCAAAGAUAACAGAGCACUUAGUCAUCAAGUUGAGACCCUUCACAAACAGAUAA